AUGCCAUCAUUUCGACAGAAAUUUUCAUCACUCUACAAGAAGAAUCAAUAUGAUCGUUUUGAUAAAAGUGGAGGAGGUUCUAAUCAACACAUACUUCAAGAUACAUUAUCGGAUGAUGAUGGAGUAUCAUUUUCUGAUGAUGAUGAUGAUGAAUUUCCAUCAGCACCAACACCUAUUCAUGAAUAUGAUGGUAAAGAACCUCUGAGAGGAAUUAUAAGUGAUUUUGGAGAUGUAAAAAAUCAUAAAGUAAUAACACAUUCAUCCUAUAGUUCUGAUAUGGAUAUUAUAGGAGCUAAAACAAUAGAUGAAAGUGGUGUAAAUAUUUCAGCCUUCAAUGAUGAUAAUAAUAAUAGUAAUAAUAGUAGUGGUAUUAAUGAUGAUAAUAUACGAUUAAUUCAUUCACCCAAUGGUUCUACUAGUCCUAUUCAAUUCAUAACAAAACCAAGCCUAAAACAAUCAAAAACAUUUCACUAUUCAAAACAAUUUACAUCUUCAUAUAAUGUUAAGGGAGAAGGAAGAUCUGAUAUUAGAAAACUUGAUGAUAGUAAUCAAUCUUCUAGGAAAAGUUUUGAUGGAAGCUUUUUUAGAUCUCAUAAAGUUGGUGAAAUUACACAAUCUGCUUCUUUAACUUCUAUUUCAGCUAUUGCACCUGGUUAUACUAUUACUAAAAAGGCUAGUUUUAAAUUAUUUCCAUCUAUUAAUUUAGUAGGUGAUGAUGAAAAUAUGGAAAGCAAGUGA